AAAAUAACUAAUUGGCAAAUUGUGCUAACAAACAGACAACCAAGUAAACAACAUUUUGACUCAAAAUCAAUGGGAGGCCUAUUUUUUCCUACUUAUUCCAGUCCACAGGAUAUGACGUCGCCCCUGUCUCGCCUCCACCUCUUGUCCAUCACAGCUUUAUUUUACUGUGGCCCUUUAAACGCCGUUAAAACCCAUUAUUAGUCCGUUUCCCAGACUUUCAUCAUUUAAAAAAACAUGGCCCCGCUGCCGGCCUGUUUGCAGCCUCACAACAACCUCCACCGUCUGCGAAUCGGAUACUGCGACGGACUUUGAGUGACUGCGGGCCUGCACCUAGUUAACGUUACGCAGCUGUCUGAAACCAAAGCUAAUCGGCUAUCAUACGUUAGCUGUAGCGGCUCGCCUUGCCAUAUGAUAUUGACGCACAUUACACAGGGACAGACCUCUACGGACAGCGAUUGGACCAGGAAAAUAACCCCGCACCGCUGAAAUGGACAAAGACGAAGCAGACCGGCUGAUAGAGAAGGCGAAGCUGUGCUUACGGUCAGGACGGAAAGAUCGGGCGCUGCAGCUGCUGUAUGAAGCUCAAAAUAUUUACCCCAGCACCAGGGCCAGAGUGCUGAUAGAUGCCAUUGUAAGGAAUGGAGGCACCGCUGCUCCAGAGGCAAACCACGUGCCCCCGCCAACGGGCUGGAGAGACGAGGACAUUGGAAGAAAUGAAAAAAGUAAUGCAAGUGGUGAUGAAAAGAAGAGCUACACGGAGGAGCAACGCCAGGGUGUUCUCAGGAUAAAGAAUUGCAAGGACUUUUAUGAAAUCCUCGGUGUUCCCAAAAACGCCAGCGAUGAAGAUUUGAAGAAGAUGUAUAGGAAGUUGGCCCUCAAGUUUCACCCCGACAAGAACUUUGCUCCAGGAGCCACGGAUGCUUUUAAAGCAAUAGGCAAUGCGUACGCAGUGCUGAGCAAUCCAGAGAAGAGGCAGCAGUAUGAUCAAUACGGAGAUCAAGCCGCAGCUUCGAAUGCACCCCAACACUCCAGCAACAGUCGCCAUGGAUACUACCGAAGCUUCCACAGAGACUUUGAGGCUGACAUUUCCCCCGAGGAGCUCUUCAACAUCUUCUUUGGAGGAAGGUUUCCCACAGGAAAUAUCCACGUGUACACCAACCAGGGAGCCUCCUACUCUCAGUUCUAUCAGCCUCGUCGUCGACGUGCUUAUGAGAGGCGCGAGGAGGUGGUGGAGGACAAUCAGAGUCAGAACACCUUCACAGCGUUCCUGCAGCUUCUCCCCGUGCUGGUGCUAAUCCUCAUAUCAGUGUUUACUCAGAUGAUGGCCACUAACCCGCCCUACAGUCUCUUCUAUAAGCCGGCCAUGGGGCUGGUGGUGUCCAGGGAAACGCAUCACAUGGGUGUACCAUACUAUGUGGAUAAAAGUUUUGGGAAGGAAUACAGUGGUGCGGCGCUGGACGAACUAGAGAAAACCAUUGAGAGCGACUAUAUCGAACACCUGCAGAGUAGCUGCUGGAAAGAGAAACAGCAAAAAUCAGACUUGGCAAACCUGGGGCAACUGUACCGAGAUGAGCGCUUAAAGCAGAAGGCAGAGUCAAUGAGGCUGGACAACUGCGAGAAACUGCAUCGACUGGUUGGGCGUCAAAGAGGCAAAUGAGGACUGUUUUGAGAGGAGAACACAUUUCUUUACAGACUUAGAGCACAUUUUAUUGAAGUGUGUAAUUUAUCCAAUCUGGCCACCUUGUAAAGAAAUCUCUUUUAGGUACAGUGCAAUCAGUGGGAGAUUAUGCCGCUGGAAACAAUGUGCCUUCUCUCCUCUUUGAUAGUAAAGAACAAAAAAAACAAAAAAAAAAACAUAAGAGUUGCAUGUUAGCUGGCAACCCUGUCUGUUGUGGUGGCAGCAUCAAGUGCAAACUCACUGUGGCAGUGUGUAUGAUGUCUCAGAGCCGUUAAACUUUCUUAUAGAAAUGGCAUGACACACGGGGUCUCCCUUUGGGGUGAUGAAGGCAGUUGUAUGUUCACACAUAAUGUGUUUUAUUUGUUUUAGGUUUUGUAGUUUACCUGUAUUUAUUUUCUUGAAUGUUUUUGUGUCCCUUGAAAUUUUAGGUGAAUUUAUUUAAUAGUUAAUAGUGAAUGUCAUCUUAUUUUUUUUUUUUCAGGUAGGAAGUAAUGCAGUACAGUGACUUAAAUAAUACUGUAGUCUUUGGACAAAUCUGAGAGCUUCUGUACUGUGAAAUAACAGGACCUUUUUAUUUAUCAUUUAAACACAGACAAAUCAGACCUUAGAGAGGACUUCUAUACUGUGGUUAAUCAGACAAUUUGACCUCUGGCACUAAAGCAAUAGGAGGCACAGUAGUGUGAAAUUUUACACCAGAUUUUUCUUAAUGUGCUUAUUACAAAAGAUUGUAUUUGCCAAACAAAAAACGAGCAGUCUCCUAUAGUAGAGUUUCCCGCUCCCUGCACUACUGCUUGCAUACCUGUUUAUUGCAUUGGUGAUUAAGCUUCUGCCAUUCAGGAACCAGUGGUUUAGCUGCAGGCAGGUGUUUGAGGUGAUAAAUGGGAGAAAUGACUGUUGUGUGUUGAGGCCAUGUUUUGAAGUACUUUUGAUUUUGUUUGUCACAAGCAGGUAGGUCCACCUCAACCAAAAAGCCCACCUGGAAGAUGUGGGAAGCUCAAUUGUGAGCAGUAUCUGUAAGGAAACUGGGGCUGACAUGGCCCAUAUAAAAAAAAAAAAAAUGUUUUUGUUUAUAAUGGUGUUUUAUAAAGACACAUUUUGUUUCUCAUUUUACAAGUAUUCUACUAAAUAUCUGUGAACAUGAGCCACUUUCUUCCACAGCUAGGAACCAGAAUUGUGACUUGUCAGGUCUAGUAGGACGCUAACUUUGUGGAGUUCUUAAGUUUCUUUAUACCAGCACCAGAUCCUUCAAACCCCUAUACAGACAUCGCUACUAGUUGCCAAACUGCCUUAGCGGUUCUCAUACAUGUGAAAUAUUCAGGUUCAUCUCAAGCACUUUUAAGUUAAUAUAUAAUCCUGUGUUCCAUAAUGUUACUGUUGCAUGCAACCUAGUGAGAGAAUGUUUUAUUACUUAAAUAUUUAUUUUGUGCGAACACAUCUUCAUGACUACUGACCAUACUUCAUGAUUAGAAUAUUCAGGGCCACACUGUAACUCACGAACAUGUAAAUCCUUUACUGUGAUGCACAAAAAUCAGGUUUAGGUACCAGUCAGAGAGGCAGUACACUUGAGCAACACUGCAGAAUUCAGUUUUCAGCCAAAAUUACCAGAAAAAUUAAAGAUGUAACCAGAA